ACUUUGUACCUUUCUCGCCCCGACUGCGAAGCGGGCCGGGACCUGCCGGGCCAGACCAGACCGGACCCCGGGGGCGAUGCGGCUGCUGCCCCUGUUGCGGACUGUCCUCUGGGCCGCGCUCCUUGGCUCCCCUCUGCGGGGGGGCUUCAGCCUCCGCCACCCCGUCUACUGGAACUCCAGUAACCCCAGGCUGCUUCGAGGAGACGCUGUGGUGGAGUUGGGCCUCAACGAUUACCUAGAUGUCUUCUGCCCACACUAUGAAGGUCCAGGGCCCCCUGAGGGGCCCGAGACAUUUGAUCUAUACAUGGUGGACAGGCCAGGCUAUGAGGCCUGCCAGGCAAAAGGGGCAGGUGCCUUCAAGCGCUGGGAAUGUGCCCUGCCUUUCGCUCCCUUUGGCCCUGUUAAAUUCUCAGAAAAGAUUCAGCGCUUCACACCCUUCUCCCUUGGCUUUGAAUUCUUGCCUGGAGAGACGUACUACUACAUCUCGGUGCCGACUUCAGAAGGCUCUGGCCAGUGCUUGAGGCUCCAGGUGUCCGUCUGCUGCAAGGAGAGCAAAUCCGAGUCAGCCCAUCCUGUUGGGAGCCCUGGAGAGAGUGGCACAUCAGGAUGGCAAGGUGGGGGCACUCCCAGCCCCCUCUGUCUCUUGCUGUUGCUGCCACUUCUGAUUCUGCGUCUCCUUCGAGUUCUGUGAGCCAAGCGGACCCUCUUUGCCACCCCAAGGAGCCAGAGCCCUCCCAGGACCCCCUGGAGGAGGGUUCUCUGUCGUCUGCACUGGGGAUGCCAAGCCAGACAGACCAGAUGGAGCAUUGAUGGGGGAGGUCAGAGGGUCUGAGAUGACCCUUGCAGGUGCCCGCUGUUUCAUCGCAUGCUGAGGAGGAGCUACAAGGGAGCAGCAGACAGCCCUGGGCACGUUGGAGCAGAGGCAAGACAAACAGGAGCUCUGUCAGCUGUCUUGAUGGUCUCAUCCAUCCUCCAGGAAGACUAGGAUUGGGUGGGAUUGAAUCCUUGAGUCAGCUGGGGGCCAAAGCUGAAGACCUGGGGACAGGUGGAUUGCUGAACCAGGGCAAAGAAGAAGCCCUGCCGUCUGUGCCCUAUGGGCCUCUUCACUGGGGCAGCACCAUGCCCUCCACAGGGGGUCACUCACUUGUCUUCUGUGAAGACGGACUGACUUGCCAUGAGGUUGAAUUUCAUGCCAAUUUGUAUUUUUAUAAGUGUCUGGACCAAACCUUCAAUAAACCACGCAUCUUUUUGUUGUCUUUCCCGA